UCAAUUCCUCUGAUCCUUGACAAAGACUUCCUUCUACAAAUUCUUUUCUCGACGGAGUGCUGUUAUUGUGUAUCGUUUUCGUUACCAAUUACGGUUGUUAAUUAUGUACUGGAAAUGUGCUGUCUUGAUCGUAGUCGUGGUGGCUCGGAAUUCCCAAGCUUUCACGAUUCCGACGCCUUUGUCUAUCACAACAGUGGGCACCGCGCCGAGUGCUAGGAGCGAUCAACGCUAUUCGUUUUUCGCCACCGAACGCGAUGAAUACGACGACUUCUACAACGAUUUUGAUCCUAGUGCGGACUACACCGACGGUCGUCGCUACGCACAAGAUGCGUACAGUGAUCGCGGCCGACGUGGAGGAGCUGAUGGUUUCUCUGCGGCUGGCAGUCAUGACUAUGAACGUGAUACGUCAAGGGACAGCUCCAGCGUUGAUCUGGAAACCGUAAACUCUCUCAUCGCGGCGCGCUUGCAAGCCCGGAAAACGGGACAAUUUGAAGAAGCGGACGGUAUCCGUGACGACUUGUUGAAAAUCCAUGGUGUGUCCGUGUGGGACCGUGAAAAAACGUGGCGCAGUGGAUGUAGCGAGAGUGGAUCGGGGAUGCGACGAUCUGGUGGCCGAGAACAGAGUUCUGGUCGCGGGGAUCGUGGAGGUCGACGAACCCGUGAGCCCAAGGAUUUUGGUCCACUCGGGCACGACUACACGGCGUCGUCCGAUGCCGGUCCCGUGUCUUCAGCCAUCACUGAAGACGAGAUACACGCUCUUUUGGCGGAGCGACUACAGUACAAAAUGUCUCGACAAUUCCAGGACGCCGAUCGAGUGCAAGAACAGCUCUUGUCCAACGGUGUGUACGUCCACGACGCUCGUAAAGAAUGGCGGGCUGACGGUGUCAUGUUUGGUGAUUACGCGAACGAAGGGGGCAAACCGAGCCGUGAACGAGGCUCGCGCAGCGACCGCAAUCGCCCAUACGCCCAAUCGGAAUACUCUGAUGGCGAAGCUAAACAGACCCGUAACUAUCGUGUGGCUGACGACAUUCGUGACGAAUUGAAAAAUGAUUUUAAUGUGUUUAUUGAAGACCGUCUUCGUCAGUGGUCUGUCGGAGGAGAUUUUGGUCCUGAUCAGCCUGGAUUCGACGAUAUGAAUCGCUCAUACACAAUAUCUGCACAUUCGCAGCCUGUUACGCCGGCGGAUGAGGCCUUGAUUAUUACCGAGUUGGAAAAGCGGUCCGAAGCCAAGAAAUCUCGUGACUUUGAGACUGCCGACGCCAUUCGAGAUAACUUAAUGGACAACUUCAAUGUUGCUGUCAACGAUCGCUUACGAGAAUGGUCAAUUGGUGGAGAAUUUGGGCUACCAUCAAAAAGCAAUGAUAAGAAUCGCCCUUUUGCUCGUCGUGGUGGCGGUGAGUUAUCCGACGAAGAAGUGGCAAUCGUGACUUCCCUGGUUGAGGAGCGUGAUCAGGCAAAGGGUAAGCGUGAUUUUGCGACUGCCGACGAAAUUAGAGACGAGCUGGAAGCUCGCUUUUCUGUCAAAGUAGAUGAUCGUUCACGAGAAUGGCGAGUCAUGUCGGAUGACUACGUCUUUUCACCUCUGGCGGGCGGGGAUCAUGGAUUUGACGAGGACACGAUUGUCUACAUUCAAAAGCAACUUGCAUCGCGGCUAGUGCACAAGACAAAUAGAGACUACGAGGCAGCGGAUGAAGUCCGCGAUGAGCUCAGAGACAACUUUUCAAUUUCAAUUGAUGAUCGCACCCGUGAAUGGUCCAUUACCGUCGACGAAUACUCUGUUGUAGUCGACCGGCCAUCUCAGAGGAUCCCUGUGCAGUACAAACAGGAAAAUGGAUAUGGUGCUUUGGAGGACAGCGAAAUCGAGGACGAAGUUCUGUCGUCAGCGAUGGACGACUUUUUCAAUGAAGGCGCCAUUGCGGAUGAAGGGGAGUCGCAAUCCAGCUCUGAAUCGGUAUUAGUGACAGGGGCCAACCUAGAGUCUCUAACAGUGGCUGAGUUGAAAGGAAAACUUAAGGAGGCCGGCUUGCCUGUUAGUGGACGCAAGGCAGAGCUGGUUGAAAGACUUUCUACUGCAUAGGGUGGGAAAGUGGAAAUGAGAUUGGCCUGUAAUUUGUGGUUAGUCAAUCUCGCAAAUGGAUAAGGUAGAUUGUAAUAAUCUACAGUAUGGAACUUUCAGAAGCC